GAAAUAUCAAUAAAAAGGACUUCCGCCUCCUUUUUUUUACUCUUCAAACUCUCAUAGCCUUAGAGGGUUUCGACGUCGGCACUUCUCUGAAUCUUAAAACUCUAGUCUUGCAAGGUUCAAGUUUGCGGCCUGCACUCAAUUCAGCAUUCCAGCAUCAAUGGUUGUUAAGGGCUUCAAUAAGAAAAAGAGUCCCAAGGCACAAAAACCCCUACCCAAGAAGAAGCUAAAGGAUGGGCCAACCACCCUACCCAAGAAGAAGCUAAAGAAUGAGCCUAUUGUGACAAAAGUAACAAAGAAGGAUGAUAUUUUAAAUGAUUCAGAUAGUUCAGAUGAAGAAGUUGACACAUUUGAAAUGUUCAACGGAGAAGGAAGUGCAUCCGGUUCUGAGAUGUCUUCUGAUGGGGAUGAUCCAAUGGCUGACGAUUUCCUUCUAGGAAGUGAUGAUGAAGAUAAGGGUUCUGAUGAUUCUUCUGAUGAAUCUGACAUUGAGGAAAAGUCAAGAGCCAUCGAUGAAGAGAGGGAGAAAGAAGAAGAAGAUGCAGAUGCUGAGUUGCAAUUGAACAUUAAGGAAGAAGCUGACGAGUUUAGAUUGCCAAACUCUGAGGAGGUGGAGGAAGAGACUCAGGGACCUCCUAAUCUGCAAAAUCUUCAGAGAAGGAUAAAAGAGAUUGUUCGAGUGCUUUCAAAUUUAAAGUCCUUGAGACAAGAGGGUGUAUCAAGGAAAGAUUACGUAGAACAACUUAAGAAGGAUCUAGGAUCAUAUUAUGGGUACAAUGAAUUUUUGAUUGGAGUUCUGGUUGAGAUGUUUCCUGUUAAUGAACUUAUGGAACUUAUAGAAGCUUUUGAAAAACCAAGACCUAUAUCUCUGAGAACAAAUACUUUGAAGUCGCGUAGAAGGGAUUUGGCUGGUGUUUUGUUGAACAGAGGAGUAAACUUGGACCCUUUAAGCAAGUGGUCAAAAGUUGGGUUGGUUGUAUAUGAUUCACAAGUUCCGAUUGGUGCUACACCUGAAUACAUGGCUGGUCAUUACAUGCUUCAAAGUGCAAGCUCCUUUUUGCCUGUUAUGGCUCUUGCGCCAAAGGAGAAUGAACGUGUGGUUGAUAUGGCAGCUGCUCCUGGUGGAAAAACAACUUAUGUAGCUGCUCUCAUGAAAAAUAGUGGCAUAAUAUUUGCAAAUGAGAUGAAAGAGUCUAGACUUAAGUCUCUAACUGCAAACUUACAGCGCAUGGGUGUUACAAACACAGUAGUCUGCAAUUAUGAUGGACGAGAGCUUCCUAAAGUUUUGGGACUUAACACUGCUGACAGGGUCUUGUUAGAUGCUCCUUGCAGUGGGACUGGUGUUAUAUCAAAAGAUGAGUCUGUCAAAACCUCCAAGACUGAAAAGGACAUAGAAGCGUGUUCUCAUUUGCAGAAGGAGCUAUUACUAGCUGCAAUUGAUAUGGUCGAUGCCAAUUCAAAAUCUGGCGGCUACAUUGUUUAUUCCACCUGCUCCAUAAUGGUCCCUGAGAAUGAAGCGGUUAUAGACUACGCUCUUAAAAAGCGUGAUGUUAAACUUGUUCCAUCAGGCCUUGAUUUUGGGCGUCCAGGGUUUGUUCGUUUUAGGGAGCGACGCUUUAACCCAUCCCUUGUGAACACAAGACGCUUCUAUCCCCAUGUUCACAAUAUGGAUGGCUUUUUUGUGGCUAAGUUGAAGAAAAUGAGCAAUGGUAAGCCAACUCCUAAAUCCUCUGAUCUUCUACAAGAAGAAGAGGAGGAAGAAGAAGUGGAUGAAGCAACUGAUAUGAUGGUUGAUGACAACAAAGUUGAGAAUGGUAUCGUAGAGCACUCUGAACCGAAAAAGAAAGUUGUUGGUAGUGCGAAGUUGAAUGGGAGCCUGAAGAAGAAAAAGGAUGUAAUUGAGGGAUCGCAUAAAAAGGCAGGUGAGCCUGUAAAGAGGAAGAAAUACAAAGCCCCUCCGAGGGAGGAGAUCUCGAAAGCAAGAGAAGAGAAGAGGAAAGCUAUGAGGGAUUUGAAGAAUAAAAACAAAAGACGCAAGGGGGAUGAAGAUGACAUGAUGAUUUGAGGCGCAUGAGAACUGGUCAAUGAUGAAAAAACAGGGACUAAUGUUUAUCGGAUCUUCACAAUUUUCUAUUAUUACCAUUUUGUUAUAUUUAAUACUUUUGCUGUAAUGUCUCAAUUUUGAUUUCUUAUGGAAAGUUGACUUUUAAAUUCUUGGACAAAUUGUUUUUUUAAAUCUUAGAUUAUUUUCAGUUAAGUAGUCU